UGGGUAGAGGGAGGAAGAAUAGUUUUCUGUGAUAUUGAUAUUUUCUUUAGAGCUGAAUUUAUCGGGCGAAAGCUGUGUGCUAGGGUUGUGGUGGGUUUUGGGUUUUGGGUUUUGAAUCAGACAUUUAUGUCGACCGCUGCAGCCAAAGCCCUUGCUGGAAUUCUAGUGUUUGUUUCUUACUCUGUUCGCCUCACCUACGCUAUUGUUCACCUCAAAUCCUUGUCCGCUUCCUUCAUUGACGCUCCCGCCAGAUUUGCUGUUAGUGUUAACAGCACUGGAAUAUGCGGAGCUUUGCAUUUGGCAGAUCCUCUCGAGGCAUGUUCUUCUCUGCUCAACAGGUUUCGAUCCCAAGAAAUUGAUACAAUAAAAUUUGCUCUGAUAAUUAGGGGUAAAUGUGCUUUUGAGGAUAAAGUCCGAAAUGCUCAAGAUGCUGGCUUUCAUGCUGUAAUCGUGUAUGAUGAUCGAGAUAAGGGGAAUUUGGUUUCCAUGAUAGGAAACUCCCAGGGCAUAUGGGUGCCUGCAGUUUUUGUUUCUAAGGCAGCUGGUGAAACCCUGAAGAUAUAUGCUCAAGGACAAGAAGGGGAAUGCUGCAUUAUAAACCCUUCAUUCCCAGAAUCUGCCUGGACUGUGAUGGUAAUAUCUUUCAUCUCACUUCUUGUCAUAGCAACUGUCGUGUUAACGUUCUUCCUCACUCGCAACCGCCGGUUGAAUCAACGAGGAACAAAUCCCCACCGUCCUAGUGUGGAUGCCAAGUUGGUGGAAGUUCUUCCCUGCUUUACAUUCAGUCAAGCAUGUGAGUGCCGCGUAGGAGAUACAUGUUCCAUCUGUCUUGAGGACUACAAAGAUGGUGAACGGCUCAGAGUUCUCCCCUGCCAACAUGAAUUUCACGCGAGCUGUGUGGACUCAUGGCUUACAAAGUGGGGGACUUUCUGCCCGGUUUGUAAAUAUGAUUUGAGUACUGAUGCCACAUGUUCUAAAGUGAAUGAGAGGAGAACAUUUUUAUUUUUUUAGUGCUUUAUACUGUAAAUCGGAUCCAUUUUGCCAAGUGUCUGUAAAUUUUUAGAAUACGAAGGCUUCAUCUUCUUUUUAGUGUUAUUUCCUCUUUCCUUUCCUGUAUAUCCUAGUCUAUGGUAAGGAUCUCCGUAAUUAUCUCUUGGGGUGAGAAUCGUGAAUGAUAUGCUUGCUCCUAAGUGUCUA